ACCGCUUGCCCCGUUAAUUCCAAUCUCUGAUAUUCCGUCAAAACGUGAGGCUCAGCGGCAUGCCGCCAGCUGCAGCUCACACGCAAGGCUCUCCUCCCGGCGACGAGGAGCUUACGGCUCUCUACCAUCAGGUCCUCAUCGGCUUCGCGGAAGAGUCACCUACCUCUGAGCAUUCGUCCCACAAGCUCCCGUCGCCAGGUGAACGCGACUACGAACGGGCGUACAAUCAGUACGUAAACGACGGGGGUGAUACAUCAAGAUCGAUGCAAACCAAGACAGUCCGCCCGACGCAACCCGCCGCUCCACCACCUGUUGGCCUUCCAUCCUCACCUAGAAGCCUGCCCACGCCCGUCCCAACUUCUCCAACGUCACCCAGACAAGUCCGACGGCUACCACCUAUCCCUAGCUCUGCGGCCGCCAUGCCACCACCACCGCCGCCGCCGCCCCCACCGUCUUUCCCGGUCCCCGAUACUCAUGCAACAUACUAUGCAGACUCGCCGUCGCAGCCUCGUCCCAGUUCUGACUCUGGACGCCGCCUACCAGCGCCGCCAGUACAGCCAACCAACGGCGUGAACGGGCAUGCAUCGCCUUAUGCGGUCCACAAAGGUCUUCCUCCUGAACCACGUCCGCGACAACUACCGAACACAAGCCGGCCCGGUUCUGGCAAUAAGUCCGUAGGAGAUGUUCCGCACAUAUCGAUGCCUAUACCGGAGGUUAGCACUGAAGCUGAAACGAGGGACUGGAGUUCCCCCAGUGAGUUCAGUGAUGGUACUGUUAGUAGGCAGCCUUCCGGACGCUCGCAAACUAAUGGGCACGACGACCGGCCUCCGCGUUCGCCGUCUUCUCUGGGCGACAUGUACGAUUAUCCCCCGCCGCAAAAUCAGGCUUCAAGCCAGGCCUUGACACCGACUGCGCCCUCGAUAUAUCCAGACUCAAGCUAUUCGCUCGGCAGGUCUCCGUCGAAUGCCUCAUCACAACCAGCCAGUGUCGUCCGCAACGUAUCGACGACUACCACUUCAACUUUUGAUUCGGGUCGUUCUUCUUCUCUCUACGCCGACAAUGACACGAUGAUCAUAGGCGGGUCUUCGACCGCAGCUACGACAGUCGAUCGAGGGAACUCCGUUAGUUCUUACGCCUCUCGAUCGACCAACAACAGCUGGGCUCCUCUUCCUCCUGCAAAGAAUACACCCGCAAUUGAUGUUGGCUACCUACAACCGCAACCCGGCCCGUCGCACGCUCCCGCAGUGGCGUCCUCGAGCAGGUCUUGGAAGGACAACGAUAUCAUUCGCACACUGCAGGACAUAAAGCGGCCAUUGCAGCUACACGAAAGCUACGAGGAGGAGGAGUAUUACGACGACGAGGAUCCCAGCGAAGAGGGCGACGAUCGGUAUUUCAACCCCGCGCAGCUGAGCCACAUUGCCGUACGCCUGCGGGACAAGGUUCCGCGAGGGACACAUGUGAAGGGCAGCAUACCAUACGAGCGUGCCUUUACAGGCAAGGAUAUUGUGUCCACGAUCCAGUCCCAGAUACAACGAGAUCUUCUCAUUACGCAUGGGAUCUCGACGAACGACAGGCGAGCGGCACUCCAAGUCGCGCGUAGUCUGCAGUCACAGUUGUUCUUCUACGAAGUCGAGUGGGGCGGCAAGCUUUUGCAAGAUGGUGUCGAGGAUGUUUACAUGUUCCUGGACGACCAGGAGGGUGGAUCCGACGCUCGCAUGGAGCAGGAGGAGCUGCCGACAGCCGUUAUCACUAUGCUGACCAAGUGUUACUCCGUGACAUGUGAUGAGGGAAAACCUUGUUACUUAUAUUCCUGUCCGCGCAAGAAGAACGUGCUUGCGGCAAUACCUGCUCCUGACACUGACCAUACGGAAGACAAGGAUGAAUGGGUAUCGACGGUGCCCCCUGAGCUGUUGCAGACCUUGCCAGAAAGCGAAAUUAACCGUCAAAACAUCAUCUACAAGGUCAUCAGUAAAGAGAAGCAGUAUUUGCGGGACCUCGAUACUGUGGAAUCGCUCUUCAUCCGCCCUCUCCGAGCUGCCCGGCCUCCAAUUAUUAGGCCGGAUGACAUAGACGAAUUCAUCGAUGACGUCUUCCACAAUAUUCUCGACCUCCGGGAAUGCAACCGCAGGUUGCUAGAGGUUAUGUACGUUAGGCAAAGAGAGGAGGCUCCUGUUAUUCAUGGUAUCGGUGAUAUCUUCCUCGACGCUGCCACCGAAUUCCGGCUCGCGUACCCAGCUUACGUUGGGCACCUUCCUCUGGCUGAGAAAAGGCUAAAAGACGAACUCGAGCAUAAUGCCGAAUUCCGACGCUUCCUCGAGCAAUGCGCACGACACCCAGAUGCCCAUCGGUUGGACCUCAAGCACUUCCUCAGUCGGCCCUCUGAGCAUUUGCAAAAAUAUCCGGCCACGUUGGAAGCCAUCUGCAAGGAGACAACGGAGGGCAAUCCUGAUGCUGAGUUCCUCAAAGAGGCGAUCGAGGCUAUCAAGAAGCUGCAGACCGUCGCUCAGCUCUGGACAUUCCAGUCAGCCAUGAACAAGGGGCCCAGCGGCAAGCUUGAGUGGUACAACUUGGUCCCUGAGGAGGUUCGCAAAGCCAUGCCGAAAAAGGAGGCGAAGCGCCAAUCUAUCAUCUUCGAGCUAAUUAAAGGCGAGAUGGACUACGUGAAGGAUCUCGAGAAUAUCGAAGUGAUGUAUGUUCAACCACUCCGCGAACUAGACCCUCCUAUCGUCCCACGGGAGCGUCUCACUCAGUUCAUCACCGACGUUUUCCACAACUUCGGCGAGUUGCAUAUGCACCACCGCAAGAUGCUUAACACCUUCCACGAAAUCCAGCGGGAUGAGCAUCCGUCCAUUCGCAGUAUCACUGCGGCAAUUUACGAUGCUGUUCUCAACUUCCGUGAGGCGUACAUGGAGUAUAUCCCAAACUACCCCAUUGCUGCCUACCGUAUCGAUGACGAGAUGGCCAAUAACCCCUUGUUCCAGCAGUUUGUUGAGCAAUGUACCCGUCUUCCGGAUGCCAGGAAGUUGGACAUGAAGGCGUUUAUCAACCGGCCAAUUCCCAGGUUGCUUCGGUACGAACUGCUGCUGAAGGGUGUUCUCGAGGAGACGCCUGAGGGUCACGAGGACCGGGAGACUAUCCCUCAGGUCCUGGAGGUCGUCAAGGCUCUUGGUAAAGAGACUGAACCCGGUGUCGUCUCUGCGAAACAGAAGGUUGAGGUGUGGCGAUACAACUCCAACUUAAUGUUCAAGCCAGGAGAGGCGAUCGAUAUGGAUCUAUUGAACGAGAACCGAUCGCUAAUCCACACCGGGAAACUUCUUCGCCAGCCUGAUAGCGGUUUCGAGUGGAGUGGUUGGACAGAACUCUUUGUUCUACUCUUCGACAACUACUUGGUCAUGACGAAGCCUAAGGAUAGGGAUGGCGUCUCGAAAUACCAGGUGUACCGCAGGCCUAUCCCACUGGAUCUUCUGACGCUCGCCAACUUUACGGACCCGGCGACAACGCGAAACACAGGUCUUCUGCGCCCACGAUUGCGUGGAGAGAAGCAUGACACCAACUCGCCUAAUCCUGGCGCGACAUCGAGUCCAGAAACAGCGACCGACUCCCGUGCGGUGUACCCAUGUACCAUUCAUCAUAAUGGUAGACUGGGCGGCCUUUGGACGCUCUACGCUGAGUCUGCACAAGCUCGGAAUGAAUGGAAGCAGAAGCUGGACGAGGCGAUCGGCCUUCGGAAAGCGGUUCAGGAGUCCAAUAAGGUGUUCGAAGUUGAGACGCUCAGUGCCGACACCUUCCUUGUGCCCUCCGUUCUUCCCGGGGCAUCCACCCAGCCGUGGAGUCACGAAAACGCAUACACCGGGAAGGUCACUUGCUCUGUACCGUUCAACACUGCUGACGGUCGUGGACUGGUCGCCAUUGGUUGUGCGGAAGGUGUUUGGAUUGGGUUCCGGCACGAUUCAAGAUCGAUGCGUCGUGUACUCCAUCUCAAGAUGGUUACACAAUGUGCCAUGCUCGAAGAUUUCGGCAUUUUCCUUGUGCUCGCUGACAAGUCACUCUUUGCGUACCACAUAGAGGCCCUUGUACCAUCAUCGCCUACGAGCGCGCACACGUCUCAAACCCCCCAGAAGCUGAGUGGCAACAAGGACGUCCAUUUCUUCAGCGUCGGCAAUCUGAACGGCCGGACCCUUGUUAUCUAUAUGAAGAAGAAAGGCUUGGACAGUGUCUUCCGUGUGCUCGAGCCGGUCAUUGGCAAGAUCAACGAGAGGGCUGAGGCGCCUCGCAGCUUCGGCUCACGUCUCGGUCUCCGAUCACAACGAUCAGAAUGGUUCCGAGUCUACCGAGACUUCUUCCUGCCUUCUGAGUCGUUCGACUUAAUCUUCCUCAAGGCCAAGAUUGUCAUCUUGUGUACAAAAGGCUUCGAAAUCAUGGACUUGACCGACUUCAAAAGUGUCACCAUUCCACAGCGCGACGACCCGCGUCUCGAGAAGUUGGCUAAGCGGUGCGAGUCAUGUAGGCCUAUGGGGAUGUUCCGUUCAAGUAAAGACGAGUUCCUGCUUUGCUACGACGAAUUCGGUCUCUACGUUGAUCGUCACGGAGACCCAAGUCGAACAGGGCAGAGCGGCGCGGUACAGACCAUCGAGUGGGAAGGCACUGCCGAGCAUGUUUCCUGGCAUCCCCCGCAUGUUUUGCUCUUCGAUUCGCGUUUCAUCGAGAUCCGACACAUUGAGACCGGCCGGCUCGCGCAGAUCAUUCCUGGCAACGAGAUGCGUUGCAUCUGGGAUGGCCGAGGCACAACGACGCAGACGCCGGUGACACCUGGGCCUGACGGCUGGAACGAGGGCAUCUCGCAAGAGCCGCGCGUGCACGGCGUGAUGAACUCUCCUGACCCGGCGCCUCCACCGGUGGGCCCGAACCGUGGGGGCCCGCGACCCGUCGCGCAACACGUCUUCGAGCUAAUCCCCACCAUCCCGCUGUACCUCCCUGGGUCGCUUUCGUCGCCCUCGCAGUCGACAUACUUCAACCAGUCCAAUUCGCCGCCUCACUCGCCGCGACUGAACCCUACGCUUUCGUGGAGAUCAUAGCGUGGUCUCUGUUCCACCCUUUGUUUCGAGUCGUUAAGCUUUCGUCUUCCGUUUGUAUCAGCCUGUUGCAUAUUGUUUUGAUAACCUUUCAGAGGAUUCGCAAUAUAUUUAACGUAUCAUACCUUUUGGAUUGGUUACUAUUUUUCUACCUCCACUUAUUCUUGCAGCGCCAGAUACGUUCGUGGGUUAAUGACAGAACUGGCUUUAGCUGCGUGCUACAAUACAGUGGCGAGUGUUACAUGGCUAAUCGCAAACUAGUUUUUCGGUCGAUCGUUCCAUCCAUCCAUGAACUGAGCGAGGCUGCUUUAAGAGAUAGUGAUCUUCUUCGGAGCUUGCUCUGCAGUAGUCUUGGGGAACGUCACAGUGAGGACGCCGUUGUCGAACGAGGCCUUUACGUCGUCGUGCUUGACACCCUGGGGCAGCGAGAUCGAGCGCGCGAACUUGCCGUAGCGACGCUCGCGGACGACGUAGCCGUUCUCAUCGCGCUCGGCGGACUGCUUCGACUCGCCGGAGACGGUGAGGACGUUGUUGUGCACGUCGAUACUGACGUCCUCUUUGUUGAUGCCCGGCAGCUCGAACGUCGCCGUCACCGCGUUCGCUUUGUCGUCCUCGUGUACAUCCAUCCUUGGUCGUAAGGCCCGGCCCUCGGAACCCUGGCGGGCAAUCUGGUUGCUGCCGCCGUUUCCGCCGGCAUCGGUGCGUGCAUUAAACGCCUCUUCGAAGAGGCGGUCGAAGUCGGAGAGGGUGUAGGAGGGCUCGUAGAAGAAGCGGGGGAAUGACAUUGUGGUGUGUGUAGCGAGUUGGGACGAGAUUAUUGGAGGAUUUUCUUGGAUGAUUCUUGUUUUUU